GACUGGCUGUGUGGGUGCACCUGCUUUAUUCAUCCGAGCUUGACCGCCUCAAGUGCUGCAGCUCAUUAACACGAGAGACCGAUAAACACCGCCCCCGUGGGCUGUCCAGGGAGGAGAAAGGGAACCGCAGUCUCCAGAAUAUCUUCUAGCAAAUUAUAAUAAAAGCUCCAUUCUAGUCCUAGACGCUUGAACAUCUUUGAUCAACAACAAAUCGAUCAUGGUUAGAAAGAGGGUAUCUGAGUAUGUGCUCUGCCAAAUUGGAGUGGAUUUCUUUGAGUUCUUGAAGGAGAGUGAUCGAGCAUCUAUUACUGAAAGACUUGAACUAAGAGACAUCUACAACACCGAGUUCAGGGACAGGAAUGCAGAAGGCAGAGAUCCAAACUUCGGAUCAGUCCUCCAUGCCCUGAAGGUGUCCAACAAAAUAAAAAGACGAGGAGACACUAUUCGCUUCAACACCACAGUCACAGCUCUUUUUCUGGACCAGUGGCAUUCACCAAGGGGCCAUCGGCCAGAGCCAGUCCAGAAUGGAGCAGCCAGUCCCGGGACAGAGACGGGAGUUCGAGGCCGGAGGAAACUGGCCAGUCUUCUGAUGAGCAGACUGAAGGCAGACAGGGCUCAGUUCAUCUCUGACAAACAUGGUAUCAGCAUCGACUCCGACCCUCAGUUUGAGAACGGGAAACUUUGCUUGCGUGUUGAUGAAACACAUGAGUGCGUGGUAAAUCUGAACGUGGAAAACACUGGAACAGAAGCUGUGUAUUUCACCUACUACACCCCACUGCACUGGCUCAGGGACUUCAGUCUGAGUGACGAACGCAACGUGACCAAAACGAACCCUCUGUGUUUAGAACCAGGUGACAGCUAUGAAAUCCAGGUUCACUUCCGCUGCAGUUUCGUUGGUUUCUAUCCAGCUACACUUGCCUUUGAAUUCAAACCAGACCUGCAGCCCUCCUCCACUGCGUUCCACAUUGUGCGCUACAUUGAGGCCCGGUGUAUAACUGAGUUAGGACUGGAGCUGGCACCUGUAGCCCCCUACAAACCCCGCUCCCUCCCUGCCUGGACCCCUGAAGCUGAUUGCAGAAUUGAGGAUGGACAGCGACCUGAAGGGCAGUCAGUGUUGCAUCUGAAAAGUGUGACUGAGCUAAAACCGUAUCGCAUGCCACAAUACAUGACCCAGCUCAUCCAGUCACUGAAGCUGUCAACUUAUGAUAAAAGGAGGGAUGUGCUGGACUGUCCCCUGAGCUGGGAGAACUACUCUGAGAAGUUUCAGCUGCUGCUGUAUCUGGAGGAGCUUCAGAUGGAGGUGGACAUCAAGAGAUACAACAUCCCCAAUAGUGAGAAAGAACACGCCGUCAUGAUCAGAGACCCGUAUAACAAGAAACUUCUCAUUCUGGAGGUACCUGGUGUGUCUGAGAACCGCCCGUCUGUGCUACGAGGGGAUGCGCUGCUGGUGCGUCCUGCAGGAGAAAAAGGGGUGAAGUACCGCGGCUACGUCCACAGCGUGCAGCUGGACAGCAUCAAACUCGGCUUCAACUCAAAAUUGCUGGAUCGCUUUAUAGAUGGCAUGAAGUUCCAUAUUGAGUUCACUUUCAACCGCCUGACUUUGUGCCUUCAGCACCGAGCAGCAGAGCUGGCAGCUACAUUCAGACUGGAAAAGGUGUUGUUCCCUGCUGCACCUGCCGACUCCUCUCAGCAGACUGAGCUUCCCCGUCUCAGUCUGUUUGACCGCAAGCUGGAGAAAAACAAAGAGCAGUAUGAGGCUGUGCAACACAUUGUCGCUGGCUCAUCCAAACCUGCCCCUUACCUGGUGUUUGGCCCGCCUGGAACAGGCAAAACUGUGACUCUGGUUGAGGCCAUCAAACAGAUAGAGAAGAACCAAGCCUCCUGCCACAUCCUGGCCUGCGCUCCCUCCAACAGCGCUGCUGAUCUGCUCUGCCAGAAGAUUCUGGACCACGUGGACGAACGCAAAGUGUUCCGCAUGUACGCCAGCAGCCGAGACCCACAAUGUGUCCCUAUUGAACUAAGGGCAUGCUCUAACCUGGUAGGGGACUGUUACGAAUAUCCUGCUAAAGAGAAGCUGAUGGAGUAUAAGAUCAUAGUCACCACCCUGAUUACCGCUGGAAGGCUGGUCACAGGAGGCAUUCCUGAUGAUCAUUUCACUCACGUGUUUGUGGACGAGGCAGGACACGCUGUGGAGACCGAAUGUUUAGUUCCACUGGCAGGACUGCUCGAUGCAGAGUCUGGUCAGGUUGUUCUGGCUGGAGACCCCAAGCAGCUCGGGCCCAUUCUCAGAUCCCCUUUUGCGCUGAGAUACGAGAUGGGAGUGUCCCUUUUGGAGCGCAUGAUGAAGAAUUUCCCUCUGUACCAGAAGGACGAGGAGGGCGCGUACAGCAAUCGCUUUGUCACCAAACUGCUGCAGAACUACAGGUCCCAUCCUGCCAUUCUGAAGGUUCCCAACGAGCUCUUCUAUGAUGGAGAGCUGCAGUGCUGCGCAGAUGAAAUUUUGCGCAACUCCUACUGCAGAUGGGAACACCUCAAGACGCAGGGCUUCCCGGUGAUCUUCCGGGGCGUGACCGGUAUUGACGAACGUGAGGCCAGCAGUCCUUCAUUCUUCAACAUAGCAGAGGUGGAGGUGCUGAUGGAAUAUGUGAGGAAGCUGCUGCUGUCACAUGGCAAGAAGGGCCUGGCUACCAUCUUCCCCAAAGACAUAGGCAUCAUCGCCCCCUACAGGAAACAGGUGCAGAAAAUCCGCAAGGCCCUGGAAAAAGUUGGGAAAGAACUUAAACUUGUGGACAUUAAGGCCCUAAAGGUUGGUUCGGUGGAGGAAUUCCAAGGUCAGGAGAGGAGAGUUAUCUUGGUGUCUACAGUUCGGAGCAGCCCCGAAUACGUAGAGAUAGACAAAACGUUCAACCUCGGCUUUGUCAAGAACGUGAAGAGAUUCAACGUGGCUUUGACUCGAGCGAAAGCCCUGCUGAUCGUGGUGGGAAACCCCAGAGUGCUGAACACAGAUACUACCUGGGCCCGCUUCAUCCAGUACUGUCGAGAUGAAGGAGGCUACGACGGCUAUGAGCCUGUAGAGGAGGACGAAGACGUGGUGAUGAGACUCUCUGCCCUCUGCAUCAGCAUCGAUGUUCAAGUGGAGACCGCAGAGAGUGUCGUCCAGCAGCAACUGGACCCCGAGUGGAGGAACGACCUGUGAGGGCAAGGAGAGCACAAUCUUCCAUUUCAUAUUCAAGACGACAAAGUUUCUACAUUUGUACUUAAAUUCUCCAAAAACGUCUCAAUGGCACUUUUACACUGUAUUCCUGAGACAAAAACAGCAUUCCAAUAUAUCUCGUUAAUGUCAGGUUAUUGUCUUUUUAAUGUCCGCUAUAUGAGCUUGACCAAAGACCAUAGAGGACAGGGAGCUGUCCAUUAGAACAGACUGUUUCGGCUACCUCAGUGGACUGCACUAAGGCCCUGAUCACACAGAGCGGCUCUCGUUUUGCAGAUGAAAAAGGCGAUGCGCACUGCCUUUUUUUGCCCGAUCAGCGUUGCAGUUGCUGUACCUUUUUUUUUUAAUUAUUAUAGUUGCUAGACAAACAGCGACUGAGUGCUAACAUAAGCAUAACACAAACCAUUAACUGUACGCUACCUAAUAGUUAAUAGUACAGUUUAAAUUAAUGAAAACAACUCACCCGAAAUCUCAAGUACCGUUCAGAUCAUAGUAACUACGGUUGGUAAAGUCAUAAAGCUCAGAGUAUCCAGCAAAAGUCAGGGCGCUUUUCUACUCCGAGUUGAGUUUUUUUCAACUAAAGGCAUUUGGGCGCUCCUGAAAAGAACGCGAGGCGCUCAGCAACGCAAAAGCAGCGCGCAAAACGCUUCACUCAUUAAAUAGCCGCCCCAGGCUGCUAAAACGCGCUGUCUGAUCAGGGCCCAACACCACUUGACUUCAAAAACUGCUGCAAAAAACGUCAGUCUCAGGGUUAUUUAAUUGACAGUUUUUAACUUUGCUCAAUCAUGACUGCCCUUUAAAGAUCAUGUAGUUAUAUGUAUGUAUAUAUAUAUAUCCAAUCUAUUUUAAAAUCACUAUUGCACAACACAGAUUUUUAAAGAAUAUUAACCAAAUUAAAAAUGUUUAAGGUGUAUUUUCAACUGUUUAGCAUUUUAAGCGAAUUUAAAAACAUGAAAUGGAAAUGCAGAAGUUCUAUUAUGUCAUCCAAACAAGUCUUUUUGUCAAUGAUAAAGUUAUACAAACCAUGUCAGGAUAUGAAUGUAAAUGCAUUUAUAAAAAGAUUAAAAUCAUUUGCAAGAUU